GGCCCUACGGUCGGAUCCGUGGCAGUUGUUCGACGGGCCCCGUUGGUGCGACACGCUUGUUGUCUCUCCUCGGGUUUAUAAGUGCGUGCAGUUGGUUUGGUUUGAUUUAUUUGUUUUAUUUCUCUCUUAACUUCAAUGUAACAACGACGCGACUGGGAAUAUCGACGAAAAGAAGAUAACCGCGUGUGUGUGUUUCUUGCAGGGAAAUAGAAAAAUAUCUUGGCGCCGUACCUCAUUUGAGCUGGUGUAAAAACGAUCGAAAAUGGCGGUUUUCAGCCUGGUCUCGGCUGUAGCUGGGUUCGUCAAGGUUCGAUACUUGAUCGACAAAGCUGUAAUCGACAAUAUGGUGUUUCGGGCCCAUUAUCGAAUCACCUCUGCAAUUCUAUUCGUCUGUUGCAUCAUCGUCACAGCGAACAGUUUGAUCGGUGAACCGAUAAAUUGUAUAUCGGAUCCGUCGGUCCCGGGACACGUGGUGAACAACUAUUGCUGGGUGAUGGUCAGCUACACUAUUCCUGGAAAAAGUCUCAAGCCUAUACCCUCGGACACAGCGCAUCCAGGCCUCGGUCCAGACACUGGCGAUAGAAAGUAUCAUUCCUACUACCAGUGGGUUCCUUUCAUGCUAUUUUUCCAAGGAAUACUAUUCUACAUUCCACAUUGGAUGUGGAAACAGUGGGAAGAGGGCAAGGUCAAAAAUAUAUCCGAGGGAAUCCGCGGCGCGUUGGUGGAAACCAAGGAGGAACGAUUGGUCAGAACGAAUCGGCUAGUACAGUACAUGUACGAAACUCUACAUCUGCACAACAGUUAUGCAGCCGGAUAUUUCUUCUGCGAGGCUCUCAACUUUGUCAAUGUGGUUGGGAACAUAUUUUUCAUCGACACAUUUUUGGGCGGUGCGUUUUUGACUUACGGAACGGAAGUGGUUGCGUUCAGUAAUAUGGAUCAGGAGAAACGAAGAGAUCCGAUGAUAGAGAUAUUCCCGCGCGUGACAAAAUGCGAUUUCCACAAAUUCGGUCCGUCCGGCAGCGUUCAGAAAUUGGAUUUCCUCUGCGUGUUGGCCCUGAACAUUCUCAAUGAAAAGAUAUACAUCUUUUUAUGGUUCUGGUUUAUCAUUCUGGCCAUUUUUUCGGGAAUCGGUCUCCUGUACAGUAUGGCUAUUGUUCUACUACCGAGCACUCGCGAAGCCAUAUUGAAGAAGCGUUUCAAAUUUGGAAGCUCCGCCGAAGUUAACGCUCUUAUCAGAAAGACUCAGGUCGGAGACUUUCUGCUACUUCAUUUCCUCGGUCAGAAUAUGCACCUCUCAAUAUUCAGAGAAAUUUUGGAAGAAUUAUCGCGUCGUUUGCACCUAGGAUCUAGCAGCGGAGCUUCACCAACCUCUGUGCCAUCGGCUCCGAGUACUUUAGAAAUGUCUCCUAUAUAUCCGGAAAUAGAAAAGUUUGGCAAGGACACGGAAAUCUAAACCAUGUGAUAAAACGUUGAGGUAAAUUGAUGCGAGAAGAGCGCCUGGUUCUUUUUUCAUUUUCUUGGGAAGGUGAACGAAAUUUUGUUCAAUCAUCAUCGAAGUACAGUUAUUUUCACUUCGAUUUCAAAUUCAAACUCAUAUUUUCUUUAGUUCGACUUUUCCUUACAAAACAAUUAUACGUAUCGCUGUAAACGAUACGUGCUAAUUAAAUACGAAUGUAUCGAUUAGAUGGGUCUAUAAAUGAUUUCGAUUUAAUUAGAUUUCAUAGGAUUAUUAAUAACGAUACGAUUAUGACUUAUUAUUUUGCUAAGAUAAUGAUCUAUCUUCAAAAUCGCUCCAUGAACAGUUAUUUUUAUAGGAACGAUUGUCUUACUCGAUUUUCAAUUAAAACGCUGUUAAAAGUGCUCCAAGUAUUUUUGCAAUUUUGGUCCGCUUUACGUGUUUGGUAGGAAAACAAAUCCGAUGUUUCGUUAGCAUCCGAAAGCUGUAGUUACUUCAUCUCAUCGUUGCUAAACGAUUUUUUAUAUUUGCAAUAGAUGAUAAUAGCGGGGUGAAUGAAUGAUUGAACGGUCUCGAAUACAUUAAUAAUUUGUUUAAAAGGAUGAUGUAUGGGCGUGCGUCAAUAAUAAACAAUUGAUCGCGAUGUGAAAGUGUAGAAAGAAAAAAAAAAUAAUAAUUAAAUAAAAAUGCUUUUAAUCUAAGCAUUGCGUCGACUAAAACAGGCGUACAAUGAGUUUCAUCCUAAGCGCGAUAUGAAAUUUUGCUCUAAAUUAAUUCAGUUCCUGUCUUCUGAACAAAAAUAUUGAUAUCAAAACAUCACAAAUAUCGCGUUUAUAAGUUUGUCAGAGCCAUUAGAGAUUUUCUUUACUUUAAGUUCAUCCAAUCAUCACUUCGACAUUUUAUCAUUACUUCGUCGUGUAUCAAAAUGAGAAUCGUAUACUCCUGUAAUCCACUAGAAAUUGUAAUUGUACAUUUUUUAAAUGUCGCGUAAAUACUCUAGGCUAAUUUCGUCUAUGAAAGAUAAUAAUCUAUUCACAAAUAUUAGUAUUAAUUAAAUUUACUAGUGGGCUUUAUUACUGGGUAAUUUGCUCGACGAUUCGUUUCGUUUUACUCUUUAUCAAAUUAAAUCUAAGUAAACAUCAUUUCAACGGAUUACCGAAGACGCCUUUUUCUUUCUUACAUCAGGCCUUCUAAUUUUGAACCAUAAUCUCAUCAUUAUCAUCAAAACUCACGCAUAAUAUCUGAUAAAUAUCAACAAAGAGAAGGAAAAAAAGCGUUUACUGUUUUCGCAGUAUACGCGAUAUAGUAUAUAAAAGUAUUAUACAUUACAAAAUGUAUUGCCAACGGGCAAUUAUACUUCUGUAAUUCGGGAUAAACGGCAUACUAUCUACUGUGACUGACCUGGAUCGAUAUAAUAUAAAUAUACACACGUUAUAUAUAUUAUUAGAACCUGUUUUCCAUUUAUAUGUAAAUCUCAUCCGAAGCGUUAUAGCCUAUAAAAAAUGUGUAACGUUAUAUCUUGGAUAAAGUAUAACCACGUAUUCAUUCCUCGAGAAUAACACGUAUACAGUUUUUUUUCUCGUUGCCUUUUUCUUUAUUCAAUUGCUGAUUAAAUAUCGUUUUGCAAUUUUCCGCAAAUAUAUAUAUAUAAUAACUAAGCAGGUUGUCGUGUCCAUGAAUUUUUGUAUUUUUUACGUUAAACAACGAUUCUAGCUAAACAAACACAGAGAGAAGAAUACUACGAUUAUUUUUUUAGCAACUAGAUUACAGUAUCGUUGAAUAUAAGGAUUCAUCUUCAUUACACGAGUGAUAUAUUUAGGUAAAUAUAGUUGUUGAAGUAAAACUCAAAGAAGAGAAAGGAAUAAACUAAAAUAAGAGAGACGUGAUCGAUUGGGUAACGCAGAAUUACUCAUAUCGAGAAAGUUUCGUAUAGAAUUUAGUGAUAUUAGCGUAUGAUCUUUGAUAUUUUACGAGCGGAGAAAACAAUUGUAAUACUAUAAUAACGCUCACUUGUAAAAAUCGCACGGAAAGUGAGAGAAAGACUGCCAGUUUGUGCAACGCCCUAGAUAGCUAUAGAUAUUAUAUUAUAAAAUUAUAUACAUGUAAUAAAACACCGACAAACGAAUGAAAAAUUAGAUAAUUAAAAAAAAAAAAAAAUUUUUUAAUUCAAUAAACAGAAUGCUUGUAACUUA